AUGGGCCUGCUCUCCUUGCUCCCUGACGAGUAUGCGUCGGUGGAGACAUGGCUCAAGCGAUUGUUUUUCCUUUUGGGUGUCGUCACGCUCGGGCCGUGGGCCUUUCUCGUUGUCUACGACCUCGUCUUGUACAUUGUCCGCUCCGUCACGUAUGAGAUUCCGUUCGUCGGCGGCCGCGCGCGCGGCAAAGCCCGUCCUCGAGCUCCGAGCCUAACCGAGCGACCCAGCGGACACAGGCGCAAGUUCAGUCUCGCUCGACGGCGCGAGCCUGAGAGUCCCACGAGUAGUGCUUUCCAAUCGAGUCCCCAAGACACACGAUGGCGCAACAUACAAGAGGAGACGCACGAUGCUGCAAACAAGACUUCGUUGAGCUCGGACUCAACGGACUGA